AUGGAUGUUACAGGUGUUAAAGAUCCUGACAAUAAUAAUCAAAAUCGUCGAGCCCUAGUAUGGCUAAUUGAUCUUAAAGAUCCACAUUCUAAAUUAUUUAGAUGGAAGACAGAAAUGGAAGAAUUUGAAUUUGAAAUUAUCUACAAAAAGGGUUGUUUGAAUACAAACGCUGAUGCUUUGUCUCAAAACCCUAUCUUAAUGUAUCAACAUAAUGAUGAAAACGAAUCAACAGAAACAGCAUCAGAAUCUGAAGAAACUUUAGUAAGCAAGAAAAGAAAGAAAAAAGCAUCUGGCCCCUCUUCGAGUAAGAAGAUCGACAUGGAUGAAAUGAAAGAAAAACGUUUACAGAAAACUAAACGCAAUAGAAAAAAUCUGUUCGGUCCUUCUACGAGUAGAAGGACCCGAUCAGAUUAUGAAUCAGAAGGUGAAUCAGAAGAAGUGAAAGGUUAUCAAAAACCUGAAACACUUCAAUCAACAAACGUUCCUUCAAAUCAAAAAGAAGAACAAGAACAAGAACAAGAACAAGAACAAGAACAAGAACAAGAACAAGAACAAGAACAAGAACAAGAACAAGAACAAGAACAAGAACAAGAACAAGAACAAGAACAAGAACAAGAACAAGAACAAGAACAAGAACAAGAACAAGAACAAGAACAAGAACAAGAACAAGAACAAGAACAAGAACAAGAACAAGAAGAACGAGAAGAACAAGAAAUAAAUUUAACAAUAGGAGUAUCUAAAAUAGGAAAGAAUUUAAAUCUGACACAUUUACCUAUACCCGAAGGCAGCGUAGAUCAUUUAUUAAAGAAAAUGUACCCAAUUAUUUUGACGUUCAUCAUGAAAAAGAAACGAAUGAAUACCACGUUAUCAUCGGAGUGA